UGGGUUGAGCAGAGCUCACCUGGGAUCACUGCCCUUUCGGUGUCCUCAAGAGUCACCUCAACUAUCAACUAACUCCUUCUCCCCCACCGAAACCACCACCGUAUUUUUCUUUCUGUUUUGUCCUCUCAUCGGACAACAUCAUUCGGUCAAUUCGCAGAUUAAGGAAUGGGGAGUUUGCAAUUGCAGCUGAAUUUCCAUCCUCAAUUUCUUUUGCCACCAAACCCAUUAUUAUUUGUGUCGCAGCAGCAUUGCAGAUUUAGAUUGAGUGUUGGAAAAUCUAGUAUUGGGUCACAAAGAAAGGCAAAGAGGAGAAGGGAUUUAGUAACCAUAUUUGCAUCAUCAUCUUCAUCAUCAGUGUCUGUUUGGGAUGGAUGGUUGCCUGACAAGGGAAAUGCCCCUUCUCUCAGUGACAUCUUCUGGCCUUCUGCAGGGGCGUUCGCAGCAAUGGCAAUACUGGGAAAGAUUGACCAAAUAUUGGCUCCAAAAGGGGUUUCUAUCACCAUUGCACCAUUGGGAGCUGUUUGUGCUGUUCUCUUUGCCACUCCCUCCUCUCCUGGCGCUAGGAAGUACAAUAUGUUUAUGGCGCAAAUAGGUUGCGCUGCAUUUGGGGUAUUGGCUUUCACCAUUUUUGGGCCAGGAUGGUUGGCUAGGAGCUCUGCUCUUGCUGCUGCCAUUGCCUUUAUGAUUUACACUCGUGCUGUUCAUCCUCCCGCUGCGAGCUUGCCUAUAUUGUUCAUAGAUGCAGCUAAGCUACAUCAGCUUAACUAUUGGUAUGCUUUGUUUCCUGGUGCCACUGGAUGCAUUCUUCUCUGUAUUAUUCAAGAGAUGGUGUGUUACUUGAAAGAGAACUUCAAGUUCUGAGGAUUCUCACUACCAAACCAAUCAUUGCAUGCCAAAAUUUUUUUGGUAAAUAGUAUAAUGAUUUCUUCAUUGGUGAAUAUAGUAAUAAUAUCUUGGAGGAUAUUAUGUGCCCUUAAUUAGAUUAUUUAGGUUAUAAAUAAUUUUUUUUUUUGUUUUUUUGUUUUUUUGGUUUCUACAUGUUCAACAAAAAUAAUGAAACAUGUAUAAUUGUAUAUUAUGUAUGUUGGUGUUUAGAUCAAUGGUCCAAUAUAACCAUUCAAAUA